AUGAGCAGCAGUGGGAUAGACCAAAAUGGUGUCCUGGCCAACUGGGUAGCUGUGGUCACGAAGUCCACUGACAGGAUUGGCUUCACCAUCGCCAGGCGUCUGGCCCAGGACAGGGCCCACGUGGUGGUCAGCAGCUGGAAGCAGCAGAAUGUGGACCGGGCUGUGGCAGCACUGCAGGGGGAGGGGCUGAGUGUGACAGGCACCGUGAGCCACGUGGGGAAAGCUGAGGACCGGGAGCAGCUGGUGGCCAUGGCCCUGGAGCACAGUGGAGGUGUGGACUUCCUGGUGUGCAAUGCUGCUGUCAACCCCCUGGUGGGGAGCACCAUGGGGACCAGUGAGCAGGUGUGGGACAAGAUGUGGAACCCGAAUGUGAGAUCACUGAUGCUAUGUUCUGUGCUCCUUCCAUCCAGGAUGGGGCAGCCUGAGGACUGUGCAGGCCUCGUGUCCUUCCUGUGCUCUCCAGAUGCCAGCUACAUCACCGGCGAGAAUAUCAUGGUGGCUGGAUUCUCUUCUCGGCUCUGACGGGGCUCGGGGGCUACAGAGCUGUGGGUCUGGGCCUCGGAGCCUGAGGGUGGGUA